CUGCAGGAAGAAGCAGCAGCAGCGGCAGCAGCGCGUGGUGCCCUGGCGGCUGCUCCCCUCCGGCUCCCCGGCGCUGCAGCCCGAACCCCGGGAGAGGCGCCGCUAGAGGCAGCCGAAGGAAACAAAUGUGGCCGAGGAGCGCAAGACGCCUCGUCUCCCCGUGCGCUAGGAGAGCUCCAGCGGCGAGCCGCUAGGGCGCAGCGGGCUCGGAGAGCGGCGGCCGCGGGCAGGUGCGGGACGCGGUGCUCAGCGGCGGGAGCCCAGGCGCCCGGGGAGAUGGCGAAAGCCUCACGCCCAGCUGGUCCGCGCAGAUUCAGUGGCGCUCAGUGGCACAUGCAGAACAUCAUUAAUGACUCUGUGGAGAGCUCAGACGAUGAAUUUUUUGAUGCCCGAGGGAGGGGAAGAAGACCAAAAGGCUGCUGCAAAGAAGAUGAGUGCAAAUAUGAAAAUCUGCCAUAAACAGGAGGUGGUGGAAGGGAAAAGUGCCAUUCUCAUAGGAAUGAGCCAGUGGAACUCCAAUGACUUGGUAGAGCAGAUCGAAACAAUUGGGAAGCUGGAAGAAAAUCAAGCAGGUGAAGAGCCUGCGGUUUGCUCGUCUGGAUUUCUCCAGGAAAAGCAACGUGAAUUAUAUAGAGCCUCUUUGAGAAAACAACGAUUCCCUGCACAAGGCAGCAUUGAAAUACAUGAGGACAAUGAGGAAGGAGCUCAGCACAGGAACUGUAAAACUCACGUCCUUAUUCUUGUCCUACAUGGGGGCAACAUCUUAGAUACAGGAGGAGGGGACCAGAACUGCAAGAUGGCUGACAUCAACACCUUCAGUUCCGUGUUUGAGAAGGUGACCCGAGCCCAUUUCCCUGCUGCGCUUGGCCACAUCUUAAUCAGGCUUGUCCACUGCCCAGCCAUCUGUCUGGAGGCUUUCUCUCUUGUUUCCAACCUGAAUCCCUACAGCUAUGAUGAGAACUGCCUGAGCAGUAGUGAAGACCACAUCCCACUGGCUGCCUUGCCCUUGCUGGCCAUUUCCUCCCCUCAGUACCAGGAUGCAGUUGCCAUGGUGAUUAGCAGAGCCAACCAAGUUUACAAUGAAUUUCUCAAGUCUCCAGAUGGGACUGGUUUUAAUGGACAGGUGUGCCUCAUCGGUGACUGUGUUGGAGGAAUUUUGGGGUUUGAUGCCAUCUGCUACAGUGCUGGCACUGCGGGUGAGAGUCAGAACAGUAGCAGGAGAGGGAGCCUCGGCAGCAUGCAGGAUAAUCCCCUCUUAGCAGAGGAUUCCAGUCUGGGUGGCAGCAAACGCCUAAGCAAAAGUAAUAUUGACAUUUCGGGAAUCAUGGAGGAUGAGGAGCCAAGGCAACCGUUGCCAAGGAAACAGAGCGACUCAUCCACUUAUGACUGUGAUACUAUAUCCCAACACCAUGCUUUCCUGUCUAGUAUCCACGCGAGUGUUAUGAAGAACGAUGCAGACUUUCCUCCUAUGAGCAGCUCCAGUCUCUCAGAAGUAAACCUGGGACGGUUUGAAUUUGAAGUUUCAGAUUUCUUCCUGUUUGGCUCACCGCUUGGUUUAGUACUGGCCAUGAGGAGUACUGUUCUGCCUGGACUGGACGUGUGCCAGGUCCGUCCAGCUUGCAGCCAAGUGUACAGUUUCUUUCACUCUGCUGAUCCCUCUGCCUCCAGGCUUGAGCCAUUGUUGGAGAAAAAAUUCCACCUCUUGCCUCCAUUUAACGUCCCAAGGUACCAGAGAUUUCCACUGGGAGAUGGAAGAUCACACCAGUUAGCUGACACUCUUCACAACCAGAGCGCCCUGUUUCUUGAGAACAUCUCCAGGGUCACACCCUCCUCUCCAGAGACUCCAGAAUCUCCAGACACGCUGAGUCAGUCACAAGGCAAGACAAGGAGGACAAGCUUGGUCAGCAUGAACAGUGAAACCUCCGGCUCGACAGAGAGCUUGCCAUCAGCAAACAUCUCCAGCAUUACUGCCAAAUGGUGGGGAACAAAGCGAAUAGAUUACGCCCUGUACUGCCCAGAUGUUUUAACAGCAUUCCCAACAGUGGCCCUGCCCCAUCUCUUCCACGCCAGCUACUGGGAAUCAACUGACGUAGUGGCAUUCAUUUUAAGACAGGUGAUGAGGUAUGAAAAUGUGAAUGUCAAGGAAAAUGACAGCUUGGACCCUGCAACGCUAAGCCCCUCCAAUCCGCGAGAGAAAUGGCUACGCAAGAGGACACAUGUCAAGCUCAGAAAUGUAACUGCCAAUCACAGAGCAAACGACGUCAUUGCAGCCGAAGAUGGUCCUCAGAUACUGGUUGGGCGGUUUAUGUAUGGUCCCCUGGAUAUGGUCGCUUUAACAGGUGAAAAGGUUGAUAUCCUUAUUAUGACUGAACCCUCUUCGGGCAGGUGGGUGUAUUUCGACACAGAGAUCACCAACAGCAGUGGCAGGAUAUCCUACAACAUACCCAAACAGAAGAGGCUUAGAGUUGGCGUGUAUCCCAUCAAAAUGGUGGUUAGGGGCGACCAGAGCAAUGCACUGAGUUACCUGACUGUGCUUCCCCCGGGAAUGGAGUGUGUGGUGUUUAGCAUUGAUGGCUCCUUUGCAGCGAGUGUCUCAAUCAUGGGCAGUGACCCCAAAGUCCGAGCUGGGGCAGUCGACGUUGUCCGCCACUGGCAGGAUCUGGGAUACCUGAUCAUCUAUAUCACUGGCCGUCCUGAUAUGCAAAAGCAGAGAGUGGUCUCAUGGUUAUCUCAGCACAACUUUCCUCAAGGGAUGAUUUUCUUCUCGGAUGGGCUUGUUCAUGACCCACUACGACAAAAGACUAUUUUCCUCCGGAAUCUAAUGCAAGAGUGCUACAUCAAAAUUUGUGCUGCGUAUGGUUCAAUGAAGGAUAUUUCCGUGUACAAUGUUUUGGGUCUGUCGCCUUCCCAGAUCUACAUAGUUGGACGUCCAACAAAGAAAUACCAGACUCAAUGUCAGUUCCUCAGUGAAGGUUACGCGGCACACUUAGCCUUGCUGGAGUUCAGUCUCCAUUCACGGCCCAAGAAGAACAACUCCCGGAUGAUUCUGAGGAAAGGAAGCUUUGGCCUGCACUCCCAGCCCGAGUUUCUGCGGAAACGGACUCACCUUCGCAGGACUAUGUCUGUGCAGCAGCCUGACCCACCUUCGUCAAACCCCAAACCAGAGCGUGCCCAGAGCCAGCCUGAAUCAGACAAAGAUCACGACAGGCACCUGCCCCCCAUAGCCUGGGUUCGAGGUGGGGUCCAUAAAUUUGAGUCUGCGCCUUAGGAAGCAUUGAGGUAUAAGUCUUGGGUGCCAGCCAAUCAAGCUGUAGGCAUGGGGUAGGACACAUAACCAGAGGCUUCCUUGCUCUGGAGUCUGCCUUCUUAAACCAAGUAGGGAACUUUGUUUGUUCCUCUUAACAUACCUAUUAUAAAACUUUAAAUCCAGAUCUAAAACUAUCGCAAGUGCUUAACAUCAAAACUGCAAAAUAGGUCUUAGAAUUUUUUUUUACAAGACACAUUAUAAAAUGUACAAUAAGAGAAAUGCUGUAACAGAUUGAUUUUACUCAAGGGAAGAUGCUUAAAGGAGUGACAUCAGCUAAUUAGUAGCACCUUAAAAAAAAAAAAGCAUAAGCAGGUAAAAUGAGUGAAAGAGAAGGGUUACAUUUUAAAACCCUAAUGGCUGCAUCAGUUGCUGCUAUACUCCUGAGAAAGUGUUUACACAGAAGGGACGUGCAGGUGGAGUGGAAUGUGGAAGGCAAACUCUUUGGGUACCUUAAACCCAAGAAAAUUUCCUUUGGCUUGCGGUGUUGAUGAAUGUGCAUCAGCUCAAGUUCUGAUCCACACAUCUUAUAAGUGAGGUAGCUAGACUUAAAAUACACCCUGGAGAAAUCUACUUAUGAACCAAAUCAUAAACACCUGAUGUUUAAAAAAAGAAAAUGUGUCUGCAGUCGGAAGCACUGAUAGUGUUGCUAUAUACAAAGAUCACUUUUUUCUUGGAGCUUGUUGACUGUACAAAUGUUUGAAUUCCUUCAAGCAACAAGAUGGGUUUGACCCUUUAGAUAUAAGACAUGGAUCCUACAUAGGUAAGCUAAAGAAAUCCCUCUUCUGUAGUGUCUCCAGAAUUUUACAAUGGAUGAAAAUGAGUGAUAAAAUCAUAACCGGUUUUAUAUUGGUAAUUUCCCCCUUGUCACUGCUGUUUAAAAAACAAUAUGCUAUGACAGUGUAGUGCAGUUUCUGUUAAAACAAUCUUACUGUAUUUAAAAUACCCACAUUUAAGCUUCAUAGAAACUAGAUGCUAUGAAAUUGCAGCUGCCAGUUAAAAGUACUCAUUUUCUAAUUAUCGAAAAAUUCCAUUUAGAUGUUCUCAGCUCAGUUAGAAGGAUCUACUGGAGGCAACUGUGUGGGAAUCUCCCUAAAUGUUCACAUUUCAGAGGUAAAUUGUGUAGUCGUUUUAGGAUAGAAGCAAAGAGCCAGAUCCUGCAAAUUCUUACUCAGUGAUAACUCCUACUGGGCUGAAUUCAGUGGAACAACUAAAACUUGGUUGUAAGUGCUCAGGAACACCACCUCUUACAGGAUUAAACACUGGUUUAUGAGCCUGGGAGAGUUUAACUAAAGCUACCCAUUUUUCAAGUCUUCUCCAUCUUGAAUGCAGGCCGGAUGCAGGCUCAAAUGAGCCUAUUGGUUAUUGAGAUAUAGUAUGUACAAGGAAUGCUAUGGGGAAAUGACAAUGAGGCAGUAGAGGGAAAACGUAAACCUGCAUUAUUUGAAGACCCCAGAGAGCUAUGAGAGGUUCCAAGGGGUGAUUCCCACCCAAGAAAGUAGUAAAUUAGCUCUACCUGUGCAGCACCUUAGGUCCAGUUCUGAAUUUUAUUCUGUAGGAGGAACGCCAAAGUUACCUGCACUUUUGUAUUACACUUCUAAUCAGUCCGCGUGCAAAAAUUUAGCUUCACAUUUCCUGAAAGAUCUAGUAGCAUUGCACAAUAAAAUUAAUGUUUCUCUUACCCCGGUUAAAUUAAACUGGAGUUUUGACGUUAAAAUUAAGACACUGAUUGUUUUGCAAGCUCACGCUAGUUAGGAUCGGGUAAUUAAAGCUAACUGUUUUAUUUAUGUCCUUUGCUCAGUGUCUCCUUGGUGCCAGGUCAUUUGGACAUAAAAGCUAAAUGUAAGAUCUCCCAGAGCAACACUUAAAAUAGUUUUUAGGUUUACAAAUGUCUUUUUCUGUGUAAUGUCACAAAUCCUCUAACACACAGCACUUUAAAUGGUUACGUGUUCUGUCUUUGCCCUCUGCGUCCCUCUCGUCCACCCUCUGCAACCAGACUGAAAUCACACAGGCUGCAAAGCAGGGCAGAAACUAGCUCCCUGCGCUCCGCAGACUUUAGUGGAGUUGUGGCUGCUUCUCCCAGUGAUGAAUUUGGCUCUCCGUUGCUGCUCUAGGGGCAAGGAAAAGCAAGUAAUGAAGAUGGGUGGUUGGUGCUCAAUCUCUAUCUGAUGCCUCUCUUCUGAUUAACAGGUACCAACCAAAAAUGCCCUCAAAACAUACAGUAAAAAGCUUGCUACGGUGAUCUACAUCUGACCACUAAUGGUUUGCAGAUUCAGCAGAUUCACUCCUUUAUUGUCCUUAGAGCAGUUUUAUUUGCUUGGGGCUAUGGUGACUGGCCAAUUGUUUUAGGCUCUCUUCACUGCAAAACUUGCGGGAUACAGUAUUUUUCAGCUUACCCCAAGUUUAACGGGCAGGGGAGCAUACGACUUUUCAGAUUUGUCUAUUGAGUUCCUACCUGUAAUCGGAUGGGCAGAUCUAAAGGUGACGUUGAUUGUUUAACUCAAAAUUACAUUUUUUUAAAGCAGCUCUGUGUUACAGCAUGUACCCUGCUGGUAAUUAUUGUGCCUGCUGUGCAAUUCAAAGCUAUUGUUGCUUUAGCUAAUGUCUACCUCUAUCAGCCACGAGGCUCCAAAACCAAUUCUCCUAUAUAUUUAUCUAAUUCUCCUAUAUUUCUUUCCAGAAUGAGAUCGAGUUGGAACUGUGUGUCCAUCAUUAAGGGAAAUGAGCCUGAAAGUUAUAACAAUGUGUUUUUUAACUUGAAUUUUUCAUUAAUACCUGGGUCUCUUGACUAGAAGCCUUUGUGCUGGCUUCUCAUAACAGUAUAAUAAUUUAAGCAGUGAAAUAAGUGCUAGUCUGUGUACAUGAUUAGAAUGUCAGCAUUUUAAAUGUUACUACAUACAGUAUUAGAAUGCAGCUGAGAAUAAUUAAGUCUCCUACUUGGUUUCAUGAGCUACGGGAACUCAUGUGGCCUUAGUAUAAUUCCAAUAUUGCUUAUUGCUCAGGGAUUGAAUGUUUUACCCUCUGCUCACAAUCCCACAACAUAUUCAAGUUAGAGGUUAAUGUUUCAUACCAGUUUCCAGCCCGUGUUCCAAAAUUUCAGAGGAUUUAAAGCAUUUGGGUUUUUUCCUUGCUCUAGAUUAUUAGUCACUAAAAUGGUGUCGUCAUUAUUUCAGUGGGGUUGAGAGUAUCAGUAUGGUAAGAAGAAAGACAUGAAAUCUCUGAACUAGCUGGGCCUACAAACAAAUUAUUAUGUCAUUGGAAAUUUGGGAACCCAGCUGUAUAUUAAAACUCGCACCUAACUUAUGCUCUUUUAUGGAUGCUGACCUAGGCCCAAUUAUGUUAAAUUGUCAAUCCCUGUUAUCUCCUAAAGGAUUUGCUUCUUGCCAAAUUGUUUACAUGCCAUGAUUCAUAGGUGCAGACUUUCCUACUUCAAAGCCUGUUGAGUAAAGUGGAAUUUCAAAAUCAAUUUAAGUCUUCAUUCAGUUUUGCUUAAAUUUUCCCCAAGGGGAUUAGCAGUGCUUUUUAAAAUGUCAUUCAUUAGCAGAUUGGGUUUGGGUAUCAUUUUCCGUUUGUAUCAAGUUACUACCAGAUGUCUGUCUUAAUUCACAACCAAGAUAGUUUUGAGUGUGCAAGGACAUCAAUGGAAGUUUUGGGUGCUCACAGAACACAGGUUGAGCACAUAAUUUCUGCACCUUAGUGCCUCCUGACUGCUUGAUAUGGAAAAGCACAGUCUUCUGCCCAGGUAAACUGAGGGAGUAAUUGGAAAUGUAAAAUGUAUUGUAAUAUUUUAAUGAGGAGUCAUAGCAGUCAAAGUUAAAUGCACAAGUAAGGUAGGCUGUGACUAGAAACACUUAUUUCUCUGCCAUGUUUAUGGACCCAGUUUAUUACUGUAAAAAAAAAAUCUGAUUAACUAGCAGUGGUGGACUGUUAUCUGAGCUAUUGUGAAAAGACACCUUCAGAGCUGUGGUGUUUGUUGUGCGUGUGUGUAUAUAUUUACUGACUUCAUAACAACCCUAUGUGAAGUUUUGGUAAAGCUUUCACAGCAAAUUUGUAACCAAUAUGCAUUUUUUACAAUAGCUAUUUGGUCUAUUUUGUUGUCCUGUUAGGUAAGUUUUGGGGGAAAAAGUAGCAUUGUAAAAAGAGUGCAGAAUAUUCCACAGACAUGCAUAGUAAUGGUAAUCCAGAUUUUAUGAGUAUGUCACAAAAAUGUUUAAGUACAUGUUUGCCUACACUAGUGCUGUUGGAACAAAAUCUUCUUGCUUGACCAAAGUAUUCUUGUUUAUUCUGUGGCAUGUUUUAUAUCUAUUCAGCAUACUAUUUUGUUAGGUGUGAGAACUACACAGCAUCCAUUGUCCUUCUGUCACUGGGGUUCAAGAGUUAGCUGCCAUUUUGAUAUGGUUAGAUGAGAAGAAAAGCAUUAAUCGUGUUCCAUUCUCCACUAUUUAGUACAUCUAGCAGCCUUUACACUAGAGAGUUCAGACUUUAGAAGAUGGUAUUAGUGAAGAUAGAGGGCCCUCUCCUCUUAUUUGUUACUGCUUUCAAAGUAGCUAGGGCAUAUUUCAGGAGUUAUAGGGAGACAGAAAAAGCCAUAUGCUAAGAAAGCUU